AUGAUAAAGGAUGGUUACGGCAAAGCAGUGAAACGAAUACGUCGAGACAACGUCUAUUUAAUAUUAGACCUAUGUGAAGAAUCGUUGAAGAGUUAUGUGAAAUCUUCUUCUCUAAGUGAUCUUCAAAACGCUCUUCCCAAAAUUAUUAGACAAAUUUUAAAUGGAUUAGCUGAUCUUCAUAGUGGCGAAAAUCCUAUUAUUCAUCGGGACUUAAAACCUACCAAUGUUCUCCGAGACUCACAAGACAACUUUCUGAUAGCUGACUUUGGCAUUAGUCGAAUAUUGAAUAAUGAUUCUACGACACAUGAAAGCAGUCCUAACACAGGAACGGAGUAUUGGAUUGCUCCUGAAUCAUAUUGUGAAGAUGUAGAUUCUAUUGAUAAAGGACGGUACAAGAAAGAGUCUGAUGUAUAUAAUGCAGGAAUGGUAGCUUAUUAUGUUGCAACAAAAGGAAAACAUCCUUUUGGAAUUCAACGGUAUAGACUGGACAACAUGCUGAAGGGAGACCCUGUUGGUUUGAAAGAAAUCAAGAAUGAAACAUUAAAAGACUUUCUGUCGUGGAUGUUAAAUCGACAACCCGAAGAUAGACCAUCAGCUACUGAGGCGUUUAAACACCCAUUUCUUAUGUCGGAUGACGAGAAAUUUGAUUUAUUAUGGAAAGUUGGAAAUCUUCAACAGAUUAAGACAAAUGAUUCCAAGUCACUGGUCGUUCAACAUCUGAAUAGCGAAACUUUAGAUUGGAGAAGCCAAAUGGAUAGUGAUGUAUAUGAUUAUUUUAGAACGAACGUGAGGACUGGAAGGAUUUUUAGGUAUGGAUCUUCAAAGACAGAGUGCUUGAGACUUAUUCGAAAUACUGGUGAACAUUGGUAUGAUGAACAACGACCUCUACCACAACCAGAACCAUUAUAUAAGAUUGGUGAUCACAAGUCGUAUUUUCUGAAAACAUUUCCCACUCUACCUGUUAUGGUGCACGCUGCGGUGAGGUCCAAUGAAGAACUGAAAAACAAUUCAGAACUCAAGAACUUUUUCUAUUUCAGUGAAAAGAAAUCACAUCAAAAAUAA